GUAAUUGUAAACAGUGCGAUCUUGUCACGUUCACCUGCUAAGCGCCUUAUAACCGGUAUAUAUAUUUGCUAUGCCUUACACAUUGACUGGUAUUUUGAAUUUGUCUUGGGACUGUUUUACAAUUUGUUUUAUUUCAGGAGAGAAUUUCUUUCACAUAUUUUGGAACAUUUUACAGGACAGAUGAGAUUUUAACUUCUCUGUUUCUGCACAAAUAUGAUAGGUCUAAUGAUUAAAAAUCCAGCGCUUCUGACAAGUGUGUUUUCGGCCGUUCUUCUACAGAAUGGGAUUCGUAUGUCUACAUGUGCCUUGAAUUCAAAAUUCAGUCAUGAAACUGGUGCAGUUAUUUCUCGAAGCCCACCCGGAUUAAACUCGGGGCUGAAGCUUUGGUGGACGAAGCAAGUCACCCCUGAAUAUUACGUAGCGGGAAGACUGAGCAGACGACAGUUACAAUACGCGGCCGAAGGAGGCUUCAAAAGUGUUGUUUCUUUAUUUACAUACGAGAACGACAAAGACUGCUGUUUAGGGAUGGACUAUUUACCCGAAACAUCCAAAAUGGCUACGAUUGCCAAAGAGUCUGGACUUCAGUUUAGAACCGUGAUGGAUUCGGCGGGGACCUUGCCAUCUUCCGCCGAUUCCGUUUCACAACUAAAACAGGCACUGAACAAUAUCCCCACUCCCGUACUUGUGCUUUCAGACCGGGGCUACAGUGCAACAUUUACUUUGUUUAUGUAUUUAUUAAAUUAUGAUAAGAAUUUUACGAUGGACAGAGCUGCUGCUAUAAGUCAUGUGUUGGGAAUGGACUUGAGUAUGAAAUGUACCAAUCAGAAACUGUGUAAAGUAACCGGAGAAAAUGUCGAGUUUUCUAAGUUAGAUAAUUUACCAAAGCAGUGGCUGAAUUACUGGCAUGCUAUACCCGUAUAUAAGAAUUGGUUUGUGGCAGGGCAAAUUUUGGAAUCACAUAUUCCUCGCAUCAUGCAAGCUGGGUUCAAAUCCGUUGUGAACCUUCGAGCUGGUACAACCCACAAGGGGAAACCAGCACAAGAAAAGGUUACACUGAUGAAUAUUGCGGACAAUUCUAAGACCUAUGGUGAUGAGAGUUUAGGUCCCAGGCAGAGUAUAGACGCGUUAAAACAAAAGAUUCUUGAUCCCCUUAAAGAGAACUCAUAUGUAUCCCCGAACUCAUCACACAAUUUCGCCACGUCCAAUCCAGAAGAAUUCGGAGAUCUCAUUGGUUAUAACGAAGAUCUUGAAAAACUCGCCUUUCGUAAAGCAGGGUUCCCUUAUUAUCACUUACCAGUUGUCAACAGUGAACCAUUUUCAGCUGAACUAUUUGCUCUCUAUCAGCCAGAAUUAAUGGACGCCAUCAACCGAGGACCAGUUCUUGUUCACUGCGCCAGCUCCAAACGGGCAGCAUACAUCGCUGUUUUGGCCGCCGCGGUACAACACAAUCACGACCUAUCCUGGGCACUGACCAAAUUAUCCGACCUAGGACUGCCCGUAGGUCCCGACAGAAAGGCGGAUAUAUACGACAUGUAUGUAGGGAUACUAUCCCUAGAUCGGAAGGGAAAGAACCGUAACUCCAACAAUGCAUGCAAGGAAUCCUGUGUCAAAUUUAACGGAAACUGAUGGAGUGGAUUUGAAUUACUGAUUUGAAAGGUGCAAUUAUAUUUACGCCUGAUAUAGAAUCUCAUUAUAUUAGUACUCUGCAACUAGUCAUUGGAAUUUUUCCAAGUAAAACAAACAUGAAUCAUUCAUUUUAAAGGAUUUUUGGGGCAUUAUGAUUUCUUUGAGGUUUUUGGGGGUGGAGCGCGCUGAACGGUUUUGUUGGCGAGGAGAAAAAGGAGAGGUCGUCGAAUAAAUUAAUUAUAUAAACCUUGAAGAAAUAUUUGUGUAGCUCCGAUAGAAUUCAUGUAAUGCUUUAUGAUUUACUCGUGUAUAAAUGAUUUUGUAUAGUUUUUUAUUGUUCCAUUUUUGUUACUUGUCAAGUUGAUAUCUCAAUGGAAAAAAUACUUUACCUUGGUGUUUUGUAAAUUAUGUUUACAUUUUUUCUACAGAGUUGUGGCUCCUAUGUUCAAUAUCAAUUUAUUUUUUCAAUAAAAGAAUUCAGUUUU